AUGUCUCAGUUUGAUGAAUUGGAGAAUGCUGAAAAGGCACUUUGUAGAUUGGUACAGAAAGAAUCAUUUACAGGCAUAAACGAUCCCGCCAUUCGUGCGCUGAGACCAAUCGUAGACCAAAAUGGAAUUUUAAGAGCCAAAACGAACGUCCUACAGCGUCAAGAUAAUGAAAAUUUCCGAUAUCCUAUCAUUUUACCUUCAAAACAUAUUCUUGUUGAGAGACUAAUUUACGAGAAACAUCUAGAACUCCAGCAUGCUGGUGUCAGCACUUUGAUGACAAAUCUUAGAGAAAACUUUUGGAUAUUAAAAUCCAGAAAAAGUAUUCGAAAUAUUAUCAGAAAAUGUGUAAGAUGUAAAAGAUUUGUUUCACAAAGAGUGGAAGUCGAGCCAGGAUUUCCACCCGAAGAUCGAGUCAGAGAAGGGGCGACUUUUGAAGUCGUCGGUGUAGAUCUAGCGGGUCCUCUCUAUCUCCGUGAGGGGUCUAAAGCGUGGAUAGUCCUGUAUACAUGUGCCAUUUAUAGAGCCAUUCACCUCGAACUAGUUACUUCUCUAUCUACAGAAACUUUCAUCCAAUCUUUACGUAGAUUCAUUGCCAGAAGAGGUAGACCUUAUGUGAUAUAUUCCGACAACGGAACUAAUUUUAUAGGGACUAACAGUGUUCUUAAGAAAGUUAAUUGA